UCACUGUUACUUGCUUUAAUGGCGGAUGAAUGUCUCCACUCUGUGCAGCUCGAGCUCGAGGCCGUGAGAAAGCAGAUUCGCGACCUGGAGGUGAGGCAGGCCCAGCUGAGAGAGCGGAGAGCCGCGCUGGAAUCAUCCCGGGCUGACGCUCACAAGUCCGGGGUAAGUAUACAGCGAUCUGCUAACAGUCCCACCACGUCUACUCCGUGUGUUUCUCUGCACAGGCCCAGUGCACCCAGGACGCGAUCUUCCCAGAUGUCCUUCACUGCGACGCCGGGACACCACGGACCCUGGGUGCAUCCACAGUGGAGGAUGCGAGCCGGGUCCCGGGCGACGACUUCUCCCCCUCCUGCCUUCGACAUCUCCAUCCGGAACCGCUUCGCUCCCCUCCGCGAGACAGGACGCGACGCUGUGAUCAUCGGAGACUCCAUCGUCCGACACGUAAGUGCUACGUUAGCCGAAGGUAAAGUGCACACUCAUUGUUUGCCUGGUGCUCGUGUUCUCGAUGUUUCUGCGCAGAUACCCGCGAUCCUGAAGGCCGACGAGAGCCCCAGAGCGGUCGUGCUUCACGCCGGGGUUAACGACACCACGCUGCGGCAGACGGAGACGCUGAAGAGGGACUUCAGCAGCCUGAUCGAGACGGUUCGCAGCACGACGCCCGCGGCGACGAUCGUCGUGUCAGGACCAUUGCCCACGUAUCGACGAGGACACGAAAGGCUGUUUCGCGCUGAUGGAUUACACCCCAGCAGAAUCGGAGCGGAGCUGCUCUCUGACAACAUCUCCAGGACACUUCGCUCCAUGUGACUAGUAAGACAAU